AAAUCUCCCUGGUUGUAUCAUGUGAACAGCAUUGGCUUUAAAGCUUGUGUAAAAGAGUCACUUUUUUCAUUAAAAAUAAUUUGGUAGUUUUCCUCUUUCACAAAGGUGAAUGGAAACAACUCCUUGUCCUGCACACCUCUGCUGUGUUCAAAUGUCUCUGAAGUUGGGCAAAAACACACAACUGAUCUCUGCACUUCUUCCUAGACUAUGCAUCAGCUUUCACCUACUUCUAAUACUUGGAAGAACUGUUUGAAUUGCUUAAUCCAUGAAAGUGAUACUGAAUUUAUAUAAAAUCCAUUAGAAGUGUUCAGGAAGUUGGAAAUCUGUAGUUUCAAGGUUUAAACUGCUGACAGUAAAAAUGCAGAAGUAGUAGGCUGCCAACUUUUUCAUCCCACAAGUUUGUAUGCAGUAUCUCAUUGAUUUUGGUAGAAUUUCUGUGAAAUUCUGUGUUUUUCCAUAAGAAUAUUAGAAAUUAAGUUUCCUAGGAUGAAACUUUCAAACACUGCUUUUAUCAUGGUGCAUAUCCCUGUACUUCUGUUCAUCCUCCAUUCCUCUUCAUUCUGUUACCUUUGAAUUAAGGAAAAUUGAGGGGGAAGCAAGAGAAACCACAUGAACAGGUAGUGUGGAUGGAAGGCUGAAAUGCUGAAAGCCUGAAAUGCUGCUGUUCUCAGCACUGGGAUGUGAUGGGAUAUUUGCUCCUGCUCUCCAGAAGAAGAAAUUUCACAACCUGAUUUCUUCUCCAGGGCUGCUGAUGCAAAGUCAAAUGACCAGUGAAAUACAGGCAGAGUUCCUGGUGUCCCUGUGGGAUCAGCAAAGUUGUGAGGAGGUGCUGCAGGAUGGAAUGUGCAGAAGGCACAAAAGGGGAAUGAGCAAGAGAAGAAAAGCUUUUAGGAUGGGUCAGAAACAAAUUGAUAUUUUAAAAUCCAUAUUUCAGGUGAAGUGUUGGUCUUUGUUACACAGAGUCCAGUGCAAGGUGAAGUCAGAAAAUGUGAAGUUUUAAAGAAUUCUGUUAGUGAAAAUUGCCUGGGAUAGCUGAUAUGAUUUAAUGUCUUUUGUUUCUUUAAUCAUCUCUUAAAGGCCCAGGCAACUGCCAGAAUUCAGGCAGCAAUCAGAGGAUAUUAAAUCAAUCUUCAGAGAGCUCCUGGACAUGACACAUUUAGUGUUUCAUCACAGAGAGAGGAGUAGAAAAAUUAGAUGGCUGGGCUUCAUAUACCAUUUCCAGGGAAAGAGAUGAAGACAUAAGUGAAAAUUGUAAAAAAUUGUCAUUUUCAAGUGCAUGACUGAAUGCCAGAAAUUGUAUUAUCUGCCUCCCUUUGAUAACAUUCUAGAUAAAAACAUGAAGGAAAAGCCAUCUGCUCUGCUCCUAAAUUGUUAAAUUCUAACUUUGAGUGAUGUGUUACCACAGCAAGUCAACAGGAGAGGUAAGAUGAUGCAGAUUGGCUUGGAUUUUGCAGGAGUUUACUGUGGUGAGAUUUUUCAGGCCAUAAUGAAAAACUCUGCUCAGGAAUUGGUCUGGUGGGAGCAGGGAGAGGAGCUGCAGGGUUGCUGUUGUGGAAUCAGCACAUCUGCCCUUCCCAGGAGAGCAGCCUUGAGACACAGCCUCUUCCCUGGUGCCAGAAACUGCCCUGGGCCUGCCCAGCUACUGAGGGCAUUUCCACUCAGGUCUGGUGGUGCAGGUGGGGCUCUCUGGGCUGCAGAUGUCCCUUGGCUCUUUGGCUGGGCAGGCAGGAGUCAGGAGUUCCAUGGCAGCCCUUCCAUGGCAGCCCCUGAUGCUGUUCAUGCUGUGCAUGGCCCUGGUGCCCAGAGCUGUCCUGGGGCUGCAUUUCAGCCUCAAAUGACUCCUUAGGGCAAUGCUGGGAUAGAACUAAACCUCAGAGUUAAACAUCAUAACUCAAAAUGAGUGUUCUGCCCACUCUGAACAGCAGGGUGAGGGAUGCAGCUCUGUAGCUCACAGAAAGGAGUCCCUGUGCUGUGUCAUGUUUUGGUAGGUGAGAGGAGUGAGCAGCACAGGAUUAUUCCAGCUCAGGGUUUGCCAGGUGGCUGCCCCAUCCCUGGAAGUGCCCAGGGCCAGGCUGGACAGGGCUUGGAGCAGCCUGGCAUAGGGGGAAGGUGUCCCUGCCCAGGGCAGGGGUGGAAGAAAAUGGGCUGUACGGUCGAUGGUGAUGCUGCUGAUGUUAUUGUUACUUUUAAUUUUUUCAUCAGCUGAAAUUUCUGUUUCUCUUCAAGGGUAAUUUUCUGUUUGUUUCAUUUAUAUCACCAGUUAUUGUUUACUAUCCCCACACAGUUCAAAUUAGAAGGUUGUGGUUGUGAAACAGGGACAGCUAAAGACAACUCUUCCCUAACUGCAGCCAAAGGAAGUGGGAGAGAAGUAUGGAAGGUUUUGUAUUUUGGCUGGGUGUGUUCUCUGCUUUCAGUUCAGACAUCUGAACCUCCAGGGCUGUUUAAUACUUUACUCCUGACUGCAAGGAGCUGUAGCCACAUGUCUGUAUUAGUAUUUUCUAGUAAAGGUGCUAUGCAAUGGCUUAAAAAAGCAAACUCAGAUGUAGAUGAUGCCAUGCUUGUGAGUCUUGGGUAACCACGUGCCUGACUUGGGCUCUUGAAGAUUUCAGACCCAAGAGACAAAUCUGUUACACUGAAAAGUUAACAUAAAACAUGGGAAAAGUUUUAUUGUGAGACAUGGUUUUAUUAAUUUAUAGUGAAAUACUUUGAAAUGCCUCUCAAAUGUAUCCUUAAGAGUCACUUAAGUUUAUUUCACAAUGCAAUAAUACAGUCACAUAAAAGUAAGAAUGUAUAUUGUAAUUUUUAUAUAAGUUAAAUAUUUGUGAAAAAACCUAUGUCUUAAAGAAUGGGGUCACAUGGUAUUUUAUAAUACAGGAACAGCUUUAAUUUAAUGCAUGGGGGUUUUAUUCAUGGUUGAUUGUAUUCAAUAUAGAGAGAUUUGGAGCUUGUUGAUAUUAAUUUUUUAUUUACAUAAAACUGAUUGUGAUACUUUAUUUUGUCAUAUCGCUGUGAGGCACCUGGAAAUAAAGGGUGAUAAGAUACUUUUUAAAAAGUAAGUUUAAUUUUUGUCUGUUGUUUUCAUCUGUAGGAAAAUUGUCAAUUCCUUCCCUAUCAAGUACUUUUUAAGAGUUCAUUUCUAAUGACUAAGUCACACUUGGUUUAUUAGUGUUGGGGAAAAACUUCAUCCCUGAAGUACUGAAACACUCCUGGAACAAAUCCCUGAAGCAACAGCAGAGAUCAAUGCUCAGCGGGCUAAAUUUUGAGAAGUGCUUGCAUUUUCUUCUCUUGGUAUUUUUUGUAAAGAAUGAUGGAGUUCAGGACUUGGAAAAACUAAAGUUUUGAUCCAUGCUGGAGGAGUGACACUGUUCAAGAAGGAAGCAGGUGGUAAAUGUGUUUGUCUCAGUGUGACUGUGCCAGUCUUCCAGAUAAAGUAAUUUGCCAAGCAAGGAUCAUAAAUUAUGGAAUCUAUGGUGUAAACUAAGAAAGGAGGAGAAUUGUGUGAAUGAGUAAUGGGGCUGUGUUAAUGGCUCAUUGUCCCUGGGAUUCUUGAACAGCUUGGGAGAUACUGGAAAGGAAUUGGAAUGCAGCAGUGUUGUUAUCUUGUAGUGAAAGUUUGGAGUAUUUUAGUGAAAAGCUGAAAACAUUUUAAAUCAAAAGUGGGGUCCCACAAAGCCAAUACUUAUUAAAAAGGCCAAUCAGUAGGCACUGGAUUGAUUGUGUGUGGUUUUUAUUUUAAAGUGCAGGAUUCUCAGAAGCCAAGCUCAGCCAUGUCCUGUUGUGAAGCUGCAGCCAAGAAAGGCUGUGAUUGAAGCCAUUCUAGAAGUCACUGUGUGUUCCUGCCCCUGAUGUGCUUUUGUUGUGGACCUGAGCCAGAGAACAAACCCAGUGAAACCCUGGGUUCACUGUGGGCAAACACCCUUGUUCAAGGUGCAGUUACUCCUUUGUCCUUUUGUUUACAGACACAGGAGAUGGAUUUUGCUGCAACAGCUGAAAGAAAUUCCACUGCUGUGACCAGGGAAUAGGUGUAAACUGGGUGUAAAAAUAGGUUUCAAGCCUUGGUAACCUUUUCUGACCUCUAUUUGUUGCAGUCCUGACACCAGUGUUUGGGGAAUCCAUAGCUUGUGCUCAGUUGUGUCACUCUCAGGACCCCUGCGACGCUGCAGGAGGAGAGACUGGUCUCCAUAGCCAUCCUGAAACAGAUCUGAAUUAAGAUUAAAGAUCAUGAGCAGUUCCAUCUUUCACCAUUAAUUUUGGUCAGUCACUUUGGUUUACUUAUAUGCCUCUCUUUGAAGAAAUUAAAUUAGCCUGGAUGUCCUUAAUAGAAUGAAUAAGUUGGCACUUGAUUGUGCUGAGUUCCAGAAACUCAGACAAUAAGGGGAGGAAAUGGGUGUGCUGUGCAGGACAGAGCUCUCAGCUGUUCAGGUCUGCUGGCUCUGGGUUUAUUUGCUGUUACCCAAGUGGGCACUGAACACAGAAACUGACUCUCAGCCUCUGCAGCCCUUCCUCAGGCCAGGUCCAAACCCGCUGCAUCCAAUAAAUGCCAUCCAAUGAUGUAGCAAAGUCAAGAGUUUGGGGUUUUUAACCUGCCUCAUUAAAUCAUCUCACCCAAGGAAAAACUGCCCAUUGCAUCGAAUCUGAGAGCUCAGGUAAAGGUGUUUGUUCAUCAGCCAAUGUGAGGCUCCCACUGAGCAGCUGGAGCUGGAGCCGGAGCCAGAGGGGAAUUCCCUGUCAGCAGGAGAAUGGAGCAUCUGCAGGAACUGCUUCUUCACACUUCUGCCUUACAUCUGAAGAAGGAUCAUGCAAUUUCUUUCACUGAGAGAAGGAUGCUGUAAAACAAGCUCAAAAUCCACAAUCCACAACAGCAGCAAGGGAAGUUCAUUCUGCUGCUGGCAAAGUGGAAGAAAAGGCCCAGGAUGUCCUUUCUGAAAGUCCUGCUGUGUGUCCUGCUCCUGGCCAGCCCCUUGCUGGGUGCAACUUCACAACCCAACUGCAAUGGAGUUGUGGACUUUGAGGCCUGUCUGGGUAAUACAGAUCAAUUCUGUCCUGAAAAUAUUCCUUGUCUGUGUAAAGAUGAAGAACCUUUUUGCAGAUGUGAUUACUACAGAAUGGGCUGGAAGGAGUACUGGUACAUGGGGCCCAAAUGUAACCACCUUUGGAACACUCUGGAUUUCAUUUUAGUGGCUACUCUUCCUGGAGUGGCACUGGUUAUCAUAGUGGUUGUAAUAUUUUCUGCUGUCUACUGCUUGAAAAUGAAAAAAGCUGGGAAGCAGCCAAAGCCUCCAGGAAUUCCCAUUGUUCCCCCCAGGCAGGAGCCAAGGCCUCCAUACAGUGGAGCACAGCAGAACCCUGCAUUCAGCACUGAAUUCAGCCCAGGGCACGGGCACCAUCAGCCAGCUGAGGAUGCCUGGGCUGGACAAAUUCCAAAGGCUGUACUGAAAAGAGAAGAUUUUAAUGAUGCCUCAACCCCAAAUGAAAGGCAGAAUUACAGUCCCAUGUAUGCUCAGCCUCUAAGGACAGCAGAUCCAGCAUCAGAUUAUUUCCCUCAGUCCCGAGCCCAGCUGAAUGAGUUUGACUGUCCCAGGAAGAAUUUGCCUUAUCCAGUUUAUCCAGAGGCAAGACAGUACCGGAGAUACUAAGAACAAGUGCAUGCUGUAUCAGAAAUGUCUUGGAAUGCUGUGUGAUCACUGGACAAUGCAGGUGCUGAGAGAGCAGUGAGACCCUGGUGGGACACAGAGGAACCUGCCAUCCUUAUUAGAGAGCACCAAGCUAUUGCAAAGAGAAGGCAUCGAGGAUAACUGUGAAAGAAAACCUGGUGAAUCCCUGAUACUGCAGCACACAAGGCUCUGGCCCUGGCAGUGUGGUACAAACACAGCCAAGGACUUGGCCUCUCUCUGUCCCAAGAUUUAGCAAAUACCUACAGACCCAGUCCCUUGUCUCUUGUGUUUUCCUUUGUCCUCCUUCCGUGUUGAUCCCAACUCCCCUGGCUUGCUUUGUAACUUUUUUGUAAAUGAGGAAAAUGAAGCUAUGGAAGAUUGACUACCUUGCCACUAAGCAACAAAUAAAAGAGACUGAAGACUGGGAUUUAUUUCCCAUUUUCCAAAAAGUCUGAAGCACUUUGCAUUGAGAUUUCUGUUAAAUCAUUUUCCUUAGUAUUAGGUAAUAUGUGAAACUAUAUGACAAAACCAGAAUCUUAAGGAUUUUAGAAAAGGUUUCUUGCUUUUCCCUCAAUGUAACAAAAAUGCAAAGUGGGCGAAUUUCACUGGAUUUACUUCUACUGCUGCAAAUUCUGUCAGAAAUAAAAGAAGUGACUCUU